AUGUCAGGAAAAAUUGUCCGUUUGAACAAGAGUUUGUACGGUUUGAAGCAAGCAUCUAGAACAUUUUACAAGAGGCUCGUGUCGGACCUGCUUCGGAUAGGUUUCGAGCAGUCUCUGUCUGAUCCCUGUGUCCUGCGUUUCAUGAUGGGAGACGAGGUGAUGGGUAUAAUCGCGAUUCAUGUGGAUGACAUUCUGUAUGCAGGAACGAAGAGGCUUGCCGAGGUGAUUGCAGAGGCACUAGGUGACUCUCUUCCUACGAAGAAUUUGGGAGAAGUCAGAUUCUUUCUUGGUUGCGCAUUUAGUCGCGACCGCGAGGCUGGCACGAUUGAGAUUUCUCAAGAGAGUUACAUCUGGAGUGUUCUAGAGAGAUUCAAUAUUUGUCGCACCAGCUCGAUCCCCGCUUCCCCUGCCAACGAUAGCAGGUCCGUGAUGGAGGAUGAGGAGGCAGGAGAUGUGCCGUUCAGGGAAGUGGUGGGAUGCCUGAUGUGGAUCGCCAACAAUACGAGGCCAGAAACUUCGAACGCUGUGCGGACGGUGGCGAGACACUCUCACGAGCCCAAGAAGAGUGACUGGAAGGCAGCCCAGAAGAUUUUGAGUUAUCUUAAGGAAACGGCACAUCUAACUCUGAAGUACAAGCAAGACACUACGGUAGACGUAGGCACAUAAGUGUACGUAGACGCUGACUUUGCCAGCAAGGCCACUGA